UAAUCUGGUUUCUGUAACGUAAACAGAGCUCGCACAGGGACUCUCUCUCUCUCUCCCACGGCUCGCUGGCGCAGGAGAGGAGUGGGUAGGUCCCACGGUCACUCGCACGCUCGCACGAAGCAGAGGCGCAGCGUCGCCCUUCUCCUGUCCUGUGAACGGAUUCCUCAUCUUUCCAAAAGGAUUAAGAAAUAGACGGUGCAAUAUUGCCUCUAACUUUUUUUUAAAACCAAAUCGUUGUUGCAUUUUAAUUAGUUUCUUUUUUUUUCCCUCCCGAACACUCCGAGCAUGAGAUUUUACCACAGUUACGCGUACUUCCUCGUGCCUGUUGCUCUCCAGUUCAUCCUGGCGCCCGGCCCGGGGAGCGCGGCCAGCCGGAGGUGCGACUCCAUCUACAGGGGCUUCGCUGAGUGUCUGCUGCGGCUGGGAGACAGCAUGACCCGGAGCGUCCAGCAGGGGGCCGAGGACCUGCAGGAGAUCGACACCAUCUGCAGGUCCUGGGACGAGUUCCACACCUGCGCCAACGCGGCGCUGGCAGGCUGCCCGGAGGAGGCGGCUGCGGUCUGGGAGUCUUUGCGCCAGGAGUCUAAGAAGAUGCAGUUUUCGGGGAACCUGUAUGACAUGUGCUCCAACCGCGCCAAGCCCCCCACCAGCAUGCAGAGCCCCAGCCAGGAGGAGACCAAUCAGGAAUCUCUGAAAGGCCACGCCCAGCGCCUCAGCCCCGCCUACUCCCUGCUCGCCAUGUGGCUUCCACUGCUGCUCGCCAGGAUGUAACUGCUCUGGCCAGGCCCAGGAGGAGGGAGCAGCAAUCCCCCACAUAGGCUCGGACUGAAACACUAUGUCCAUUUGCAGUAGCGUCUGUUUCUGAUUGUGACUUUAAGGGGAUUGCUUAAGAGCUGAAACCUGGCAGAGUAUAUUUCUAUACCCAAAGGUUGCAUUGCUCUCUUAUUUGGCAGCUCACGAUACUCAUAAAUGCAAUCUUCUCAGCAGAAUAAGACACACACACCAGUCCCAAGCUGAUUUAUUUUUUUUUAACCAUGGGAUGCCACUCUGGUGUUCUUUUUAUCUUACUCUGGAAGCUUUGAUCCUUUGUCCCCAAUAGAAAGAAACUAAAGUGUGCGAAAGCCACUAAGCGAAAAAGACAUUUAACAGCACAGCGUGGCUUUCCCUAGAGAGUUGACAAUCAUUAUGAUUGCUGAUACAUAAUAAAGAAAUUUCGAGAGUCACAAGCUCCUUUUAACGUUAUUCUCCAUCAGAUGACUUUCAUCAAGAUGGCAGACAAUUUGUUUAGAUCUUUUUUUUUAAUUUGGAACAAAAGGGGGUUAUAAAAUGCAUAAAUUAACCAAUUUCAAACAUGUACCCUUAUGAAAUGAGAAUGUUUCUGUGAAACCCCACUGAGCAGAAGAUUAUUAUCACACUUCUAGAGUGGUGAAGGGUAAGGGCUGGGAGCACUCAAGUGACUUGUUGAGUGUGUAGUUUCAUUGGAGAAUGAUUACCACCAGGAAAUACUCUAAAACGUCAAGGCCCUUUGACAAGACAGGUUACACACACCGAGAGAGCUUGACCAGCUGUUAUUAUUGUAGUUCCAGUGGUGUAUGUAUUAGUUUAACUUGCAGACAGUUUCACAAUGCGAGGUUAGGUGUCCGUUACACCAGGAAUACAUUUAUUACAGGCGUAUAAAUGAAAAAUCCAUUUUGUGGUCUAAUUUCACACACUUAAACACCGGCAAAAUUGUGAAUUUGGAAUUCUUCUUUACCUCUUUGCUUUAAGUAAAACCAGCCCACUGACUGUCCUCUGUUUGGACAAGACAGUGUUGUUCAACUUUGUUUUCAUCAAAGGGUACUUUGAAAUUUGGCUCAGCAUUUUAUUCAGCAGUGAUCUUCUUGAAACACAGGUGAGGAACCCAGACAAUGUUUGGAAUAGUUUUGGUGCAGAGCCUUGAAUGACCUUAGUGAAGUCUUAGUAGUAGAAAUAAGUAGCUUUAAAUUGUCUUUAAAUGCCAGUGGGGCCAUUUGAAUGUGCAUCUGCUUAGUAACUCUGCAGAUAGCCUUUGUGCAAUGUACUCUAUGAUGUAAAAAUCUGACGUCAGCACUACAGUAAUUUAUCUUUCACUUGUUGUGUAGAAACCUGACAUGACAUAGAGGAGCCACAAAAGUUUCACCCUGAAAGUACUGUCCUAAAGCAGGAGUUGAGUGAUAAUCAGGAAGCAGUCAAUACCUGAAAAAGUUUUUACUCUGAAAGUACAAAUACCUGGUGAUUCAUAAAGUAUUGGUCUGAAAUAAAAAAAAAACGAACAUAUUUGCUUAACCAAAAGGAAGCCCACCUUUGAUAAUCAAGGUUAUAUAUUCUAUUUUUGAGAUAAAAAAAGCUUGGUAUCAUCUUUGUAUAUUCCAAUAUAAAAGUGGUUUUCAAAUUUAAUAUGUAAUUAAGAACCUCUAUGUGUACAGAUGUAUAAAUCACAUUAUUCCCAGUUAUAUAUAAAUGCACAUUUUCAUUUGAAGAGUGUGAGCGUAUUUUUCUUCCUAACCCUCAAAGGAUAUAGCUUGCUUUUUCAUUUUGUUAUUCCAUCCUGAUAAAAUAUAUAUCAAGGCAAGCCUGGUUUUAAUACAGUAUUCAGAUUUACAUUUGGUAAAUCUGGUAAAUAUUUCUAAGUAUCCAUUUAUAUAUAAACCUACAGGUACGGU